AGUUCCCGUGCAGUCGAAAUUGAAGAAAAGCAACACGAGUACGACUCAUAAUUGCAGUUCGCUUCACCACUCUCGUUCCUCUCACCGCGAACUUUGCGAAACAAGGAGUGUGUUCUGGCUCCAUCGGUGUUGGCUGAAGGACACGGAAUCAGGGGCACUGCAGCGAGUUUGACCCGGUUUUUGGGUGCAGUGAUGAGCGGGAGAAGAAGCUGGGGGACCUCAGCAUCAUUGCAGAGAGAGAGGGAGAGAGAGUCGGCAAGUGUCACAGCGCGAUCUCAGAACUGGAUGCUGCAGGACACGACAACAUGCCCCGCGAGCUCCGGUCCAGGUCAGGAGCAGUGACUGAGAGGAAUGUUUGGACCAACACAUGGCCAAGUGGACACGAUGAUUUCAGCUGAACUCCAUAGAAACAGUCAGCCAUGACCCUCUGGGUGUCACCGAGUCUCAUGUAUGUGUUUGUUUUGCUAUGCCAGCUGCUUGUUUUGUCCAGGAGCAAAUAUGUGAGGUCAGUGGUGCCCAGCUCCGCGACUCGUCUGGUGGCCAGGACGGAUGGAGACAUCAUCAUCGGAGCGCUCUUCUCAGUUCACCACCAACCUUCUGCUGAGAAGGUGGCCGAGAGGAAAUGUGGGGAGGUCCGCGACCAGUACGGCAUCCAGAGGGUGGAGGCCAUGUUCCACACUCUGGACAGGAUUAACUCCGACCCGCACUUGCUGCCCAACAUAACCUUGGGCUGUGAGAUCAGGGACUCCUGCUGGCAUUCCUCUGUCGCCUUGGAGCAGAGUAUCGAGUUCAUCAGAGACUCACUCAUCUCCAUCCGGGACGACAGCGAUGGCUCCAGGUGGUGUGUGGAAGGCUUUCCCUCCGCUCAGCCGCCGCCAACCAAGAAGCCGAUCGCGGGGGUCAUCGGGCCCGGCUCCAGCUCAGUGGCCAUUCAAGUCCAGAACCUUCUUCAGCUUUUCAACAUCCCCCAGAUCGCAUAUUCUGCCACAAGCAUUGACCUGAGCGACAAGACUUUGUUCAAGUACUUCCUGAGGGUGGUGCCCUCAGACACCCUGCAGGCCAGGGCCCUGUUGGACAUAGUCAAGCGAUACAACUGGACUUACGUGUCUGCAGUGCACACCGAGGGGAACUAUGGAGAAAGUGGGAUGGAGGUCUUCAAAGAACUGGCGUUACAGGAAGGAAUCUGUCUCUCCCACUCCGACAAGAUCUACAGCAACGCAGGGGAGAAGCACUUUGACCGGCUGCUGCGGAAGUUGCGUGAGCGGCUGCCCAAAGCCAGGGUUGUGGUGUGCUUCUGCGAGGGGAUGACGGUCCGAGGGCUGCUCAUGGCCAUGAGGCGUCUGGGAGUGGCGGGAGAGUUUCUCCUCAUUGGCAGUGAUGGUUGGGCCGACCGGGUUGAGGUGGUGGAGGGAUACGAACAGGAGGCAGCCGGCGGCAUCACGGUCAAGCUGCAGUCUGAAGAUGUCUCCUCCUUUGACGACUACUUCCUCAAGCUCAAGCUCAGCACCAACACACGGAACCCCUGGUUCCCUGAGUUCUGGCAACACCGCUUCCAGUGUCGCCUGGCUGGACACCCGCAAGAGAACCUCAACUAUGCUCGGAACUGCUCAGAGGAGGAUGAACUAGGUUACGAGAGCCUGGAGGACAACUACGUCCAAGACAGCAAGAUGGGCUUCGUCAUCAACGCUAUCUACGCCAUGGCCCACGGGCUGCACGACAUGCACGCUGAGCUCUGCCCCGGACACGUGGGUCUCUGCGACGCCAUGAAGCCCAUCGAUGGAAGCCACUUGUUGGACUUCCUCCUCAGGACCACCUUCACCGGGGUUUCUGGCGAAGACAUCUGGUUUGACGAGAAUGGAGACUCCCCUGGAAGGUAUGAGAUCAUGAACUUCCAGCGAUUACAGUCUGGAGGGUUCGACUACAUCAACAUUGGCUCCUGGCACGAGGGCGUGCUGAGCAUCGACGACGACAUGAUGCAGAUGAUGCAGAACAGCAGCAGCAUGGUUCGGUCCGUCUGCAGCGAGCCCUGCUCAAGAGGAGAGAUUAAGGUGAUCCGGAAAGGGGAGGUGAGCUGCUGCUGGAUCUGCACUGCAUGCAAGGAGAACGAAUAUGUCCAGGAUGAGUUCACAUGUACGGCCUGUGACCUCGGCUGGUGGCCCGACAGAGAUCUGGAAGGCUGUGAGCCUCUCCCUCUGCGCUACCUGGAGUGGAGCAACCCGGAGUCCAUCAUCCAAGUGGUUUUCUCCUGCAUGGGCAUCCUGGUCACAUCCUUCGUGGCCCUGGUCUUCGUCUUGUACCGAGACACGCCCGUGGUCAAGUCGUCCAGCCGUGAGCUCUGCUACAUCAUCCUGGCCGGGAUCUUCCUUGGGUACCUCUGCCCCUUCACCCUCAUCGCACGCCCCACUGUGGUCUCCUGCUACACGCAGAGGCUGCUGGUCGGACUCUCGGCCGCCAUGUGCUACUCAGCGCUGGUGACUAAAACAAACCGGAUUGCCCGCAUCCUUGCUGGCAGCAAGAAGAAAAUCUGCACCAGGAAACCUCGGUUCAUGAGUGCCUGGGCGCAGGUGGUCAUUGCCUUCAUCCUCAUCAGCGUCCAGCUGACCCUGGAGGUCACACUUAUAAUCAUGGAGCCGCCGGAGCCCAUCAAGUCCUACCCCAGCAUCAGAGAGGUCUUCCUGAUCUGCAACACGAGCAACCUAGGCGUGGUCGCUCCUCUGGGCUACAAUGGCUUACUCAUCAUGAGCUGCACCUACUACGCCUUCAAAACCCGAAACGUCCCGGCAAACUUCAACGAAGCCAAGUACAUCGCCUUCACCAUGUACACCACGUGCAUCAUCUGGCUGGCCUUCGUGCCCAUUUACUUUGGCAGCAACUACAAGAUCAUCACCACGUCCUUCUCAGUGAGCCUGAGCGUGACUGUGGCCUUGGGCUGCAUGUUCACCCCGAAGAUGUACAUCAUCAUCGCCAAGCCAGAGAGAAACGUGCGCAGCGCCUUUACCACCUCCGACGCCGUGCGCAUGCACGUGGGAGACGGCAAGAUGGCCUACCGCAGCAACAGCCUGCUCAGCAUGUUCAAGAGGAAGAAGAAUGCAGGCAACGGCAGUUCUAAUGGAAAGUCUGUGUCAUGGUCUGAACCAGGUGCAAGACAUCCUCCCAAAGGGGAUCAUACAUGGCACAGACUGUCAGUGCAUGUGAAGAAACAGGACGCAGGUUCCAAUCAGAUGGCCGUCAUCAAACCCUUAACUAACAGCUUUCAGAACCCUGAGUUCUCGAGCCUCAGCACCAAGACUUUAUACAACGUGGCUGAGGAGGAGGAGAGCUUGUGCAGUGGACCUGGAACUCCUGCCAUGGUGGCACACGGGCAAGCCCCGGGGCUUUUAAAAGAGGAGGACGUGGAAGUGUAUACACCUGGACACGUGGUGCCAGGUAGAACCGAUCGGCAUGUCGACCUGGACCUGCAGGACCGGCUGGAGGGCAGGGUUAAUGGUGAAACUCAUGAGCUCAGUCAUAUGAUGCCGAUGAGUGAAGGCGACAACGUGCCAGUGUACCACCUGGCCCACCUCCUCCAACAGGACCCAGUGCACUUGUUUGAUCUGGACCCCCCUUUAGAGGACGAAAUGGCAAGCGAACAGUUUGGCCUCCUCCAGAGCUUCAUGUGCAACGACACUGAGAUUCACCAUGAGCUCGAGGCCCAAGUGACGAUGGAAGAUUCUUUGGCUUUGAUGCCGCCCUCGCCCUUCCGGGACUGUCGUCCACAGAGUCCUGCUCUACCCUCACCUGUGUCUGAGUCCAGGCCUUACACUGCAGUGGUCCUGGGAGACCUCACGCAGAGCUCCUCUACGCUGUGACUCUGUUUCAUCAUUGUCUCUUAGUAUUGAAUAAUAUAGGGCUGUAAAUACUGAAACAUUAGCACAUGCCUCACCCUCGCUCAGAGGCUUCUGCUUCCACUCAAACAUUCCAUUUUUGACCCACAAAUCUAACACGGUUCUAACUUUGUUAGAGGUUCUUUGCAUGAAACCAAGUCUGUGUUCCUUCUCCUCGACUCACCCUGAGAGCUCCAGACAUGCUCCUCAAGGUCAAGGUCGUCAGCUAGUUGGUUAGUGAGAAGAAAAUGCAGCUCAUGAUGGUCAGUAGAAGCAUGUAUAUGUGAGUGAGAGGAGGAAGAAUGGCAAUGAGGGGAGAAGAGGUUGUGAGCUUCUGAGGUCAUGGAGUGGAAGCUUUUGUCAACAGAGCAUUCUCCAAAUAAACCCAGCAGUGUUUGGUGUCCUCAGCCUCACUUCACUGGUUCACCGCUGCAGACACUCACAAGCUAAGGAGUCUGCAGAGUUUAUAGCAGCGGUGCAGCAGUGUUCUUAGAUACAGGAAGCAGACUUGGACUCAGCUAGGGAGCCAGAUGGUUUGGACACCGGAGGGACAGUGAUCAGAGGAUGAAGCCCACACACCAGGAGCUCUUCUUCAGAGCUCAUUUGAUGAAUGACCUAUCGGAGAUAACUCUGUUGGAACUGAAGCGGAAGGAAGAGUUCCCAUCCAUUUCGGGACCGUGUACAGAGAACAGGUCAAAGCCUUGAAACUAUUAAUUUUUCAUGUCUAAAUCUUCACAAAUCAGUGCUGAGAGAGCUGAGGCUUACAAGUCUAUGACACAGGGUUUGUUUAAUUCAUACUUGGUCAUAAUGUUUUGGCUUCUCACUGCAAAAGCAAAAUAUUUCCUACAUGUUCUUGAAUAUCCUUUUUUUACUUUCUAGAGAUGCAGUGAGAUGAUCUGUGUCCUCAGAGUGUUGUCAUGGUUGUGUUCCGAUUAUAGUGCUUCCUUGUACAAAUACACAUGUAGUGUUUGCAGUAUUUUAGUGAGUAAUGUGACGCAGCUUCAGAUUGACACACGGCUUGGUGACUUCUCCAGUCAUGACCUUUGAUGCAAUGGCCUUUGACUCAUAUAUUGCUGUUUAAAGGGAAGUGCUCAAGUGAGUUUUAAAAUAAGAUUGUGGUAACCUGCUGUUAAGUUUAUGACCAAGCUCCAAAUGAUGAUGAUGAUGAUGAUGAUGAUGAUGAUGAUGAUUCUGCGCACAUUCGUCAGGGAGCCUGUCUGACCACAGUAAACUUUUUUAUGCUCUGGACUUGUGUGUUUCUUUCUGGGCUCCAGUGUGCCUCCAGCGCAGAACAGCUUCGAAGGGUUGUGCUGAGGUUCUUGUAUGAAAGUCCAUGAACACAUCACAGUAUAUGGAAAUAGGUUUCAUAUAUACAAACACCAGGAAAUAUGAGGAGACAAAUAAACUAUGAAAA